CUUAUCUCUUUUCUCAGUAUAUAGAUUUUUGCAUUUAUUCAUAAGAUCGCCAAAAGCAACAUUUAUUUUCGUUUACAAUACCAUUGAAAAGAAUCGGCUCGGAUUUCCCCUUUCCACAGACGACGUUCUCGUGGAUCAAAUAAUAAAGGGCCAAGAUGUCCGUACAUUCCCAUCAGAUGCAGGCACUUUUUGCACGCCGUCGAGAAAUUGAACAUGAUCGUGUUGAGCGCACAGCCGCUGUUAACCGUUAUUACGAUCACUGGGGCAAAGUGACAAGUCGCUUCGAGAACUGGACCAAUCCCGAGUACUAUAAGAAUGCGGAAGAGCAACUGAAGCAACGCCGAGAAAAGCGCGAGAAGGAACAACAGCAGCAUAAACGUCGCGAACGCUUGCGUGAACUCUUUGAAAAAGAGAAGGCGAUGUAUGAAAGAGAGUUGCUGGCACGCGAUAGACCACGACCGCGCAAGAUAAGCGCGACCAAUGAGCAGCUAGAGAAGAUUGGGCACAAUCAGAGAGAACGUGAAAAUAUUAAACGUAAACUCGACCUGGAGGCUAAGUUGUACGGACGUUGGCGCCAUGGUGUGGACGACGAUAAUGUGCUGUUCGAAUCGAAGUCUAGCAAUGAAACGCUCGCUAAACUGAAUUGGCUGGAUAAGAAAAUCGAAGAACAAAUGGAUCGUGAGCGACAAGAGGCCCAGAGCCAGGAGCGAAACCUUCGACUACAGAAGGAGAUCAAUCGCACAGAAGAGGUGCAAAGGGAACGCCAACUAAUACGCGAAAAAGAGAUAAAGGAGAUACGUGUGUUGCAGGAGAAGCAUAUGGGAGAGCUGAAGCAGCGCCAGGUUGAAGCAGAUGAUUUGAAAGAGGAGGAGAAGCAUUUACGCACGUGCCUUGCGGAUUUGGAGAAGGAGUUGGAGUUGUUGGAGGAGAGCUGCACCUUAGUGAUGGAGACGACUGGCGACGUAUCGCAAGCGUUUAACUUGAGAAAAAUCAAAGUGUUCAUACGCAAGCGCUCCGAGGCAUUCUGCAAUCAAAUCAAGCUCUGCAUAAGCAUACUGGAGCGACUGAUCGCCUUUACCACGCGCGCAGAUACUGUGAAGCAGCUGCUGAGCAAAUACAAAGAGCAUUUGGAGGCGGAGUCGUACACGUUCUCGCAGGUGGAGGCUAUGUACGAAUCGGAGGCUAAGUACAACGUGCAGCGCCUCGAGUCCGCGUGGCAGCAACAGCAUUUGGAGCGUUACCACGAAGUAAAGCAACUGUUGACCGAAGAGUGUUGCACAUUUGGCGGUCGUAUCAGCGAGAAUCUUCAGCGCCAAACAGAGGCCUACGAGGUGCGCUCUACACACCUCUCGGCACUAGAGAAUUCCAAUGAAAAACUGAAGCAAUUAAUAGCCGAGGAAGAGCAGUCGCCGCGUAGCGCGCCGACAUUGGCUGGCUGUGAUUCCACGCUGCGGUUGAGCGGCGGCUUCGACCAUCGUGCCGAUGCAGCAGACCGCACCUCGGUGGCCGAUGACAAUGUCAGCAUUGCCCAACUUAUGCCCAGCAGCGCACGGAUUGCAAGCGCGCCUACUUCUGCGACGCAUUAUGGACGGCGCAGACCCACUUCCACAGAACUGCCCAAAGUAACAAACUCCUUUACGAAUUUGAACUUGGACGUUUGGCAGGAUUUGCCAUCUGCACACCAUGGCAUCGACUCGCCGCGUUUGACGACACAGCGAUCGAUCAGCGUAGUGACUCCAGAAUCGGCGUCCCGCCCAAAGUUCGCGCGCAAACGUGUGGCCUGGACAUAAAUGGAACCGUUUUAUUUUUAAGAAUGCAUUUUGUACU